CAAUAUGGCGGUCCCUGGUAAACAGUAUGGGCUGAUAUUGCCUCAAAAAAGCACUUCCAAAUCAACAAGCCUUCCUCGACCUUCAGUAUUUGCAGAUGACUCAGAUGAUGAGACGUCAGUUGGGGAAAGCUUGCAGAAAGAGGCAAUCAAAAAAAAGAUGAUGAAGCAGACACGUCUGGAGAUGCAGAAAGCUCUAGAACAAGACAGCAGCGUUUACGAGUAUGACAGUGUGUACGAUGACAUCCAGAAACAGAGACUGGAGAGCAAUAAGAAAUUGCUGGGUGGCACAGACAAAAAGCCCAAGUACAUCAACCAGCUAAUACGCGCUGUGGAGGAGAGAAAGAAAGAGCAGGAGCGACGAGACGAGAGGAAGAUCCAGAAGGAGAGGGAGGCAGAGGGAGAGAAGUACGCUGAUAAGGAGGCAUACGUCACCUCAGCCUACAGGCAGAAGCUUAAGGAGAGGCAGGAGGAGCUGGAGAGGGAGAAGAGAGCAGCUGAGUUGGAGGCUGCUUUGGAUGUGAAGAAACAGAAGGACCUUAGUGGAUUUUACAGACACUUCCUGAACCAGACAGUGGGAGAGGAGAGCAUACCUGACCGAGGCGCCGAGAGUUUUAUCGUUUGUAGGGUGAAGUUGAAGACUACUUCAGUGACAGAAAAAUCGUCCUCUCCACACUCGUUGCCUGAUGAGGAGGAUGGAGCAGAAACACGCAGCGACGAGGAUGAAGAACAGAGAGGCUCAAAAUCGGAAUUCAAUAAGAGCAACCCCAACAGCAGUCACUCUAAACGGCAGUACAGACAGCGAUCUCCCUCCGGAAGCGCUGACGAACGGGAGAAGGAGAGAGACCGAGAAAGAGAGAGGAGGAGCCACAGAGACCGUGAGAGGGAGAAGGAGAAAGAUCAAGAGAGAGGCAGAGAGAGAGACAGAGAGAGGGAGGACAGGCAUGGCCAUGGGAGAGAAGAAAGGGACCACAGAAGAGAGAGAGAGAGGGAAGACGACAGAAACCGUGGAAAGAGAGAAAGAGAAAGAGAGAGGGAAAAGGAGGACAGGCAUAGUAAAAGAGACAGGAGAGACAGUAGCCCUAAAGAGAGAGAGCGCUCCAGAAACGGAGAGAAAGACAGAGAUAGAGAUCGAGACAAGCACAGAGAGAAAGGCCGAGAUCGACAUCCGGCAGAGGACAGAGAGAGAAGCAGGGAUGCAGUGAAGGCAACAGAAGAGGAGCCAAAGGUGACAGAGAAAAAGGAGACAGGGGCUAAAGCGGAGGUGAAAGAGAGCACAACACCUGAGCCCAGUAAAUUCGCCAAACGCAGCAGUGAGCAAACCGUCAGCUCAGCAAGGGAGAGGUAUCUGGCCAGACAGAUUGCCCGCUCUGCGGCAAAGAGCUACAUUGAGAAAGAGGAGGACUAGCAAAAAUACAUGGAUAGUCACAGUGCCCAGAUUGAUUAUUACACAAUGUCAUGCAAGGAUGUGUGUUAUGUUUCUCUCAGACAUCAUGGACGUGCAGGGAAUUUGUCCAUUAUAAUUUAGAUUAAAUGUGGCUGUUGCGUGUCAUUAUGAGUUAAGUGAGUGAAUGGACAGAAUGAUUGAGUGAGUGAUUUGAGGGACUCUCAUUUGUGUAUUGUCACCCUUUUUCCUUUCUUUUCUUUUUUUUUUUUUUUUUUUUUUAAAUCCACGGAGACAACUGUUUAUGUUGUGGUUAUACAAAACAUAUUGUUCAUAUGUGUUAGUUUUUGCUGUGUGUUUCUGUCAGUGGAUGGCACAGGUCCUGGAAGAUAUGUUUAUUCUAGUUUCUAAUUCGCAUUUCUAAUUGGCCUCUCAACCAAAUGUCAGAUGUGUUGACCACAUUCAUGAAGUAAAGUGAGUGAUCAGGACAAAAAGUGUUUCUGUGAUUAAAAAACUGAACACUUAGAAAGGGAGUUCAGAGUAUGUCUUUUUUUAGGCAGACACUGGACACUUUUAGGAUUGUAUUAAUUUGCCUAAUUUAUUUUGAAAACUUAAAUCUGAUUCUGACUAUAUAUAAUAACUAUGGGUUGUCACAAUAAUAAGGAUAUUACCAAAGUGGAUUGCAAGACCUAUGUAAGGAAUGGUUAUUUCAACAAAAAUUGUACAUCUACUUCAAAAAUUGUCCCUCUCACUUAGUAGC